CAUAAUUCAGUAUAACAAAAUCGACACCAGUAAGACUUACCCAAAGCUGACUUACAGUGUUAUAAUUUUGUUAUAAAACCGACACCAGUAAGACUUACAAAAAGCUGACUUACAGUGUUCGAAUAUAGUUUUAAUACAAUGUUUUUUGUAAAUGAAAACGAAUUAUGCGACGCAGAAGUAAUAGUAUCCGACAUGGAACAGAACAAGGAAUCAACUGCAGUACAUGGUACAGAUGGCUCAAAGAAAAGGAAGAACUCGACAAAAACCGUUGCUCAAUCGAAGAAGAAAAAGGAGACUCCGGAACAGAUGACGAAUCUGUUAAAAGAGACGCCAGUAACGAAAUUAUUCAAUUUCUGCGAGAAAAAAAUGGGAAAGAAUAUAAUAACGGAGGACGAUCAAUUGGUGGGAUUAUGCGAAAUAAUCCAGAACAACAGCGACGGUACAUUUCAUCCGGCGGUCCUUUUGAUUAUUUGGGCAGUACAUUGUCCAAUGUUUGUGUAGACUCUUUAUCAUCCGAUUCGUUGGACAGCACAAAAUAUACAGACUUGGUGGACGGAAUUGGCGAUUAUGCAGUCGGAGGAGAUGACGCAGAUGUUGACCUAUUUGAGGAAGAGUUUGAAGAUGUCGUACACCAAUAUGCACGUUCAAUAUAUUGUAAACCUGUGUCAGGAAUACACAAGUACGUCUCUUCCCUCAUUGUGCCAGAUGGACCUGAUGGAGUUCAUAGAGCAAUCGAAGAAAUUGAAAAACUUAUUGAGCGAUACCCACCUAAGCACUGGUUUAUCUACUCAAGUCACGGAGAUCAUAUCCACGUGUCCCACAUCUGCCCCAACUCAAAUGAAUCUUGUAGAUGCCAAUGGUUACAACGAUCGACAGCUUGGGCAAAGUAUGGAAGACGUAGACUUCGCAGAAUUACUAGGGCAAGUCAACUCCAACCAAUCGACUACGUCAACAUACUUAGAUACCUAUCUAAAGCCCCUAGAUUCGUCCACGGAGUUGGUGGCUUCGCAGAAGAUGAACGAUUACGUGAUCGAUAUAAACAUUUAUCGGAAAGGAGAUAUCGUAGAUCGGGACAAACAGGACUAUUGGAUGGGAGCGGAAGUGAGGUGUCGUGCGACGUUCAGUGCGAACAAUCCAUUGGUAUACAGAACAAAGUGUCUUGUGAAAUCAAUGACACAAGAAAUACAACUGGGACCAAACGCAAAACUAGUUCCAAAAAGGCGAGCCAACCCAUUUGCGAGGAGAACGGUCCGUUAACGAUAUCUCAGCUCUUAUACGAAUAUCCGACAUGUCCUCCACACGCGUAUUUAAACAUAAAAGAAUUUUUUAAUAACACAAAUUUGAAUUGGAUGUAUACUGAUAGCAAAGAUGCACAACGUGACAUUAGGAAUUGGUGUGCUAAAUUAAAUUGGUGGACUUUAAAAGAUUUUGAUAAUUAUUAUUCCGAUCCUAAAGUAAAACCAUAUUUUAACGCUUAUAAUCGAAUUCAAACUGAUGUUUAUUAUGACGUAGAAACUUCAUUAGAAAUUGCUGAUAAAUUAUUACGUCAUCAAUUUAAUAAUAACACUGAAAAUAUUCAUAUUUUUUUAACUGACUUAUUAAACGUUAUCGAUAAAAGAAUUCCAAAGUUAAAUACAAUCGCUAUACAUGCAGAACCAAAUGCUGGUAAAAAUUUUUUCUUUGACCCCAUUGCUGCUUUUUUUAUAAAUUACGGUAGUAUAGGUACUGCUAAUAAAACUAAUCAAUUUGCUUUUCAAGAAGCAGCAGGUAAAAGGUUAGUUCUUUGGAAUGAACCAAAUUACGAAGCUGUUCAUAUUGAAAAAUUAAAAGAAUUAUUAGCGGGAGAUACUACCAGAGUACACGUAAAAUAUCAAGGUGACGCCCCAUUACAAGGUCCACCAAUAAUUAUACUGACUAAUGAAAUGUUGUCCAUUUUUGGUAUGAGUGCAUUUCAAAGCAGAAUUAGAUUGUAUAAUUGGAUAUCUGCACCAUUUUUACGAGAUUAUAAUAAAAAAAAUUUAUCUGGUACUAAAUCUACAUUCGUUGUAGUUAAUUGAGGUACAGCACACACUCCGACGUGUAGCGAAGGUUGAACUGUUCCAUAGUUGGAUUCACCGAAAGAACGUUUAACGUAUUGACUCAUUUCUAAUGGUU